GAGAGCGGGUGCUCAGUCACUCGGGGCUCUGGAAGGAGGGCCGGGCUCCUCUACCAGGGCUCGCGUGGCCUUCUGGGUCAUGACUGUGCAGGUCUCCUUCUCCUGAUUAGCGAGAAAGUCCCAUUAAAAUAAAAAUAAAACUUCAGUUUGAUGCAGGGUGAGCUCUGAAGUAAAGACUGGGAGGUAGAGCAGCGUGUUUUAAAAUAUAAAAUAAAAGUCUCGGUGAAAUGUGAGAUGAGAGCGCCCGACCCGACCUUGUGAGGGACCCAUUCUGAGCAGCGCCUGCCACUCAGCGAGCCCCUCCCCGUCUUCGGAUUCCAGGUGUCCCCGCCUGGCCUGAAAGAGAUCUCACCCAGCGCAUUUCUAACUCCACACCUGCUGGAUCAGGCAGAAUGAGUAGGGCAGACAUCUGCGAGGAAGAUGCACAAUACCCGCUUACUUUCUGCCCAGUGGCUGCCUCCCAACUUCGCGACAUACAAGCGUGUGCUUGCUCACAGUUAUGGCAAUUUUUCAAGCCACGCUUUAUCGAGCAUCUACUAUGUUCCAACCCCCUAUGAGCUAGGAAAUUAUUUUAUUUCUAAUUUGUUUAUAAAAAUGUAUAAUCAUGUUCUUUCUUUUAGUUUACAACUGCCAGCUAUUGUCAGGUAGGAUCAGUUCCUUCUUUCCAGAAUAAGCCAUGGCUCAGAGAUGUCCUGGCCAGGACUGGGACCUCCCAGUUCUCUGGUCUUGCUGCUGCACCUCAGUAACUGUCAGCCUCUGUGAGCUGGUUUCUUCAGCUUGACUUCUCUGUCCACACAACAUUAAUGAAUCAACCAGGCAGGUGGUAUCAUGGAGCAAAAAAAAGAUGAAUAUUCCCUGGUUUUGAAAUAUAGCUUUCAUUUUGUUUGCCUGAUUGGCUGUUUGGUUGGUUUAUUUGCUCUUUAUCCCAGGGCCAACCAGUAAUUCCAGAGAGCGGAGGUCAAAGCUUUUACACAAUGCCGUUUCAACUAAGAGACCUGUGGCAGAGGACUUGGUACACAGAGAGGAUGCCAUGCAUUUGUCAAAAGGAAGAAGAAAAAGGAGGAGAACUUUGUUCCCAGGAUGGCUUUAGAGAAAUAGAAAUAGAAAAUAGAGAAAUAGAAAUGUUUCAAGCUAGAAUGAUUAAAUAAAAUUGCUAUACACUUUUUGUAUAGAUCCCAGUGAUAGUAAGGGAUUAUUUAGUUAGGAAAUCUUCUGUGGCAUGCUUGUUACACAGCAUAACUGGCUGCUCUCUCUUGUGUCAUUAAUCAGAAGUAGGGACUGUUAGGAAGUGGAGACCUUGGAGCCCCAGUCUAGCAAUGCUUCUGCUGGGUAAAGGUGAGUUGCUUGACAUGACAUGGUAAGAAAACAGGUCCCCAUAAUUUGGUUUCAAGCAGCACUAGCACACCUCUUUAGGAACCAGUCUGUGGCCAGUCUAAAUAAAAACUUAUUGUCCACAGUUUCAUACUGGGCACUCAAAGCCAUACAUUUACAUAUAAAGGUAGUGUCCUUUGUCAUUAUGGUUUGGAUUGAGAAUGUCUCCCAAAGGCCAUAUGCACUCACAGGCAGGGCUUUUUAAAGGUGACUGGAUCCUAGAGGGCACUGAUUAGUCCAUGGGUCAGUUCUAAACCAAUGAGCUGCGGGGAGGCGGAGCCUAGCUGGGAGCAGGUCCCUGGGGCGUGGCCUGGAGGGGUCGAAAUCCCUCCCUGGCUCCGCCCUUCUCUUCCCACUGCCAUUCGUUAGCAGCUCUCCUCCACCCGGGCCUUUCCACCGUGCUGCUCCUCCCUGGUGCCAGGUGACCGUGCAAGGACUGGGACUUCUGAAUCCAAGCCGUAGUAAACCUCUACUCCUUUAACUGUAGGUAUUGGGAGCUGUGUGUCAGUGAAGAGGAAAGGGCUUUACUGCCAAUCUGAACGGUCAGCCUUGAAGAACACAAUGGGGCUUCUGCAUGCUCGAGACAGCUGGCAGAAUGUCUGGUUCAGUGAGGGCUGCUAGUUCAUCACGGGAGAGUCCUUCAGGACGGAUCUAGCACCUCAAGGUGCCCUGGUCCUACCCAGGUGGCCAGUGGAGAUCUGAGAGUCGAAGCAGGAAACCAGGGACACAGAGAGCUCCUUUAGGUGGUGGAUCCCGCUUCACACUGGUUCUGGAACCCCUCGCAUCCCUAGUGACUCUGCUCAGGUUUUCUGUGCCUCAUCUAGGUGCUUUGAGGUUUGUCCACCGCGAAGUCGAACACUUGAUACAAACUGUGUGUCUUGCGUCCACUACGGCAGAGGGGUAUGCGAAGGUACAGAACGGAGGGUGGACGCAACAGACAGAGGUUACCUGCGGGCACGGGAGGAAUGGGCCCAACGCUGUCUUCCUCUUCUGUACUAUCUACGCUUCUGAGAUUUUGUGUUGUGAGCAUGGAUUAAAAUCCACCUCGAAUCACUUUGGGGGAGAGGCAGAGGGAAACACAGCACACACGUGUAACAUAUCACAUAUGGAUCCCUACGGCAGAGCUGCUAACCUCACUGUUCUCCAGCUCUGUUUCCAGGAAGCUCACUGUGGGCUGUAAGGACCCCACACAACAUGCCGCAGGGACUCUUGCCCUCUCUGGCACCGGUGGGUGGAGAGUUCUGGCCUUGAAGCCCAGCCUGGCGGGGCCUCGUCCUUGCAUCUUUCGGGUUGCCAGGUGACCACGGCUUCUCUGUGGCCAUCCACACAAGCGCUUUCUGAGUGAGGCAGCAGCUGGAAAUGAGUGAUCACCCCGUCUCCAUUUAGACUAAUAGCAAUUUCGGUAGCUCUGUGUGUUAAUGUAUUUAUAAUCACCCCUUCUCAAUUAAGCUAAUAGCGCAGUUUUGGUUGCUGCAUAUAACCAAGGGUGUCUUGACAGAGAGCUAUAUUGUGGGUGACGGGGUGGAGAGGCAAGGAGGGAAAGUGCGGAAUUCUGCAAGAUGCAAGAUGACAGCAUCUCCCCAGCCCGCCUGCAGUCCCUUUCCUUCACCUCAGUUCUGUUUUGGGGCGUGUGAUUUUUUUUUAUGUGUGGAAGGGGGUUCCGGGGAAAAUGUAACGCUAUUAGACCUACCAGGUAUGUCCUCUGAGGACUCUCCUAGGCUGAGGUGCCCCAUUCUUCAUUACUUGACAUCCUAGCUGAAGCCAAACCUCAGAAACACCGCCCUUGGCGACUUAGGACAGGGACACAGGUUUUGGGUCGGGCGGGCUGCUGUGGGCACUGCUCGUGGCUCCCUGUGGCCAGCUCACCUCAGCUCACAUGGCCUUCGCCUCCUCCUCCUCCUCCCUGAACGAGCUCGCAAAUCAGGCAACCGUGCAGGGAGGGUCCUGUGGACUGAGUGGCACACACAGGACGUGGGGUCAGACUCUGAGCACACAGUGGGCAUGCAGAGGGUGGGGAAGCGGCAACGGAGGGUCCUGAGAAGGAUGCACCCGCCCCGAGUGGCAGUCCCGGGACCCAUCAGGGCCCCUUCAGCCUUCAGCCUGCGAAUUGCACCUCGCCGAGUCCCUGGGAGAGCACGGUGGUAGGGGACGGGCUCGCACUGGCUCCCGUGAUGAGCCCCAGCCCUGGGGCCCCUGCCAGGGAAGAUGGGAGGCGGCAGGGAGGGAGGGGAGGCCCAGCUCCUCCCCUUGUCGCCCUGUUGCUGGCCUGCUCGCUCACUAGCCCCACGGACCAGAGCCGGCUCAGAAAGGGACCCAGGGACCUGGCCGCCCUUUCCGGUCCUUCCGGUCCAGGGAUCUGAGCCUGCCCGUCCCGCCACCCAACACCCGUGCGCCCUUCUCCGCGCACCUCCUCCCAUCCUCCCUGGCCUCCGCCCCUUGCAGCUGCUCCCCGCUGUCUUUCCUCCGCCUCCAAGUGCCUUCUGCAGCUCCUACUGCCCCACACUCCCCCGACCCCGGGGGACUCAGUCACCCUCCCGCAUCCGCCCGCCCCACCACCGACCUUGCGCUCCGCACACACCCAGGCUUCCCUGCCCCACGCUCCCGAAGGACAAGUCGCCAAGGCCUGCUGCCCCCAGGUGACGGAGGCGGCUCUGUGAGAAGCUUUCCACGUCUUCCCCAUGCGCAUCCGUUUCCCCUCCAACAGUCGAGGACUAAACAGGAGAACCUGCUCACCCGCCCAGGCCAUUCUCAGCACCCCCUGGAGUAGGAACUGUUAAGGAAAACCAUGCGAAGCAGAAGAAAGGUAAAUGAGAUCAGUCCUGUUCCUUUUCACUGUCCGCUUAGAUCAUUUUCUCAGAAGCUCACUGUAUGCCCCAGGGAAACACAUAUUCUCCGUGUAUGAACCAGGACUCCUUCCGCACAUGGUGGAGAAGGGAGGUGAGUCACAAACUGUUAGCACCCAGACCGUUAGCUCACGGUCUCUGUCUGGCAGGAAGGGCGGAAAUGGGCUUGUGGUCGUGGUCGUGGUCUCCUCGCUGGAUGGGACGUUGGUCCCGUGUGGCGGUUCCUGCCGUCUCUUCCAGCGCUCUCUUUUUGGUUUCCACAGACGCUGUGGGAUCUUGGGGGUUUCUUCCCAGCAUCUUUGCAUCGCCAGCAGUUCCCUCCUUCGUGGAUACCGUGGCUCUUCGGCAGGUGCUCACUGUAUCACUUGCAUGCCCUUAACUGUCUGAAGAUGAUGCUUUCCUACCAGGUCUCGGGACGGGCUGUGGCCAGACUUCGGGCAGAGCAGGGAGGUGAGGAAAGAAGCAGAGGGCGAGAAGGAAAAAAGUCACCUGCUCCUGGGGCGUUCCCUUGUGAGCAGAGGAACUCAACACCCACACCUCAGAGGGUUAAAAAGUUGUUUCAGAGACUUGGCUCAAGAGGCAGAAAUACACACAGAAGGGCAGAGGUGCGUGAGAGGCCCCUGGAGUGUAAAUCUUCACCCCACACACGGGCACGGACAGCGGGUGAGUGCAGACGGGUGUCUUGGGCUGGCACCUGAGGUCUGGAGUUGCUGGUGCUGCCCAGGCUCUGCCCUGGCUCAUUUGUUCAAAGCGCAUUGCAAAAAUCUCUCUCCCAGUGGCUGAGCUCCACUGGGUGGAGUCUGAGUGACCGAUGUGUGUGGGUCGCGUCUCACAGGGGCGACUCCCACUCUGGAGGGGACUCUCAGGGGUUGGAGGAGGAGACAGCUGGAAGUUCGAUGUGGAGUGGGGUCCCAUGAGCCACACUGCCAGGUCCUCUCCUCUGAGCUAGGCUGUGCAUGACACGGGGCUCUUUGAUAAGCGACUGGCCUGCUGUGACCUCCUGGGGGCCCUGCUCAGUUCACCCUCUUUCCAGAAGUCCUCUCUGGCCAGGCGGUCCACGGUGACCUUGGUGCUGCUAGCUCAGGCUGACUCCUUAAAUCUGGUGUGGCUGUGCCCCUCCUAGAUUCCCUGUUUAAGUCACUAUCACUAUCCACACGGCAGCAUUUAUGGUAAUGUGGCUGAGUAUCCCACGAAAAGGGGCUUCUGUGGGCGAGGCAGUAUGAGGGACCUCAGGUUUAAUGGGCUUUCGUCUUGCCAGGUUUACCAGAGCCUCUGAUGAGAUAUGAGAUGUGAUCCUCUCCGUGAUCACGGGGUGUUUUCCAUCGGCUGCAGUUUGGGACACACGCUGAGGACUGACUCGUGCGGGUACCUUGUGCCUCCCAGGAGGUGGCAGGCACCCUGAGUGAGUUCAUUUCCAACCUGUGCCCUGUGCUGAGUGUCUGAGACCCUGAGGUGGACACAGGAGGCAGGAAGCCUGCGGGAGGGACAGCCCCGAGCCGGGCCUGAAAGCCCAACAGAGAUCGUCUGAGGGAAGAGAACAAGCAGGAGGCAAAGGAAGAGAAUCUUGGGGAAAGGGCACGGCAGGGUCCGUUUUGGAAAUGGAACCCUAACAACCACUUGGGUUCAGCCUGCGGAGCUUCAGUUUGAACUGUCCCCUUGUGGUGGCUGGAACUGCUCCAUGCACGAGAGGCCACGCAGCCCUCUGGCUGGGGCUUCUCAUCUGCAGGGCGGUGAUCAACAUUUAAAUUAAAGAGCAUAGGCCGAGCAUUUUGCACACUCAGGAGACCUUAGCUGCUACACCAUCCGAGUAAGAUGUGGACGGAGAAAGGAAGAAGCUAGCCACAGGAGUGCGGGCAGGAGGUCGGUCAGGGCAGAAUGGCAGGCUCGCUCCCUGCUCCCACUUGGCUGAAGUCUAAGGUGCUGGGUCCACCUGCUCCCAGCUUUGGACUCUUCCUCCCCCUCCUUUCUGCUAGGGCUGCUCUGGAGGCCCGGAUGCAAGCUAUUGGAUUAAACAGAGCGCCACUUGCCAAGGAUGGGGUCAGCGAGGGAGGAUGUGCAGUCAAGGUGACAAGCAGAACACGGGGUCCUCCUGGAAGGAACAGCCCCUGCCCCGCGGCCCGACCCCGCCAGCCUGGCCGGUCACACUCGAGGCCAGGCCGGGUGGCGGGAGGCCCUGAGUCGGCCUUGGCCCGGUGGGAACCUGUGCCGAAGCCCAGGGAACAGAGAGCCUGGCGCGGCUCCCCUUGGGCGACCAUGUACCUGAUAAGUUGUGUUUUUACGAUAAAGUUCAUGGCAUGGACAGGCAGGGGAGCCAAGGAUGGGUGGCCUGGGUUGGGAAAGAGAAAUGAAUUCCAGAGAGUAGGAGGACCGGCCCUGUGCCUCAGACGGGAAGGAAAUGUCCCUGCCCCUAAGAGCAGGACAGGCCAGCAGCAGAGGAUGGGCCAGGGAAGGAAGACGGAGUGCAACGGAAGGAAAGUCCUGCCCAUCAGGCCCACAGCUGAGCCCCUUUCAGAGGAAGGAGAUCUCGGGCCCCAGGCAGAGCGGGCUAAGAGGACAUCAGUGCUUCAGCUGGAGUACACUUUGCCACCCUGGGCUCCAAGGAACUCAGCACCAGAAGGUGGAUGGAGAUCAAAGCCCCCAGCUGUACUUUGGUUAGGGGAAGACAGUGCGUUUACACAGUACGUAUCAGGAGCCAUAAAUAUGUCCGUCCUUAGUUUAGUGCAAUUUGGUUUAACUUCACAGCUAAGAUUCAAGGAAGCCACUGAGGGUCACACAAAGAAGCACAGGCAGGAGGCCGCAUUCCAAGAUCAUCUUAGGAGCAGGGAUCGGAAGUCACCUGUGUGUUCACUGUUGGGGGCUGCUUAGUAGGUAGGUGAUGGCACUCUGGGAGGCUGAGGCAGGAGGGUUCCAAAGUCAAGCACAGCCUGGCAACAUAAUGACUUAGAGACAUCCUGCUUCAAAAUAAGAAAGAAUUAAGGGCUGGGAAUGAAGUGUAGUGCUCAGGCCUUGGGUUCAAUCCCCAGUACGGGGGUGGGGUGGGGUGCUGAGACAGAAAGAGAAGACACCCAAAUAUAAUUAUUAUUUUAGAAGGGUGUGAUCAUCUUGUUUUUCCUGUUUUGAAAUCUUAGGGACAGGUGGCACUUCACCUCAUUUCUGUUAGUAAAAACACUGCAGAUGAGGACCAAGAGAAAAAUAGAAACAGC